ACGUUGUGCGUCAAGUUUGACCCCGCCCACCAGAAAUGGAAAGAAUUCUCCAUGAAUCAGUAGAAAAUCGGUGAGUCUCUCGUCACCAAAACCAAAACCCACGUAAAGGGUUGGUUUUGCUUUCGUGUGUUUAAUCGGACUGGACGUGGAAGUGCAGGGAAAAAUAUCAGCGUCGGUAUUGAAACAGACGUCGAACAGACUUGAAGAAUUUCAAGAAGGAUAUUUAGACAAAAGAGAUCUAAGUUUUAGAUCUGAACUGAAUUGUGAUUCACAAUUUUGUCAAGAAAAUGGGACUUCUUUUUGCCAAACUGAUGGCUGUGUUCGGAGACAGAGAUCACAAGGUUAUCAUUGUGGGCUUGGAUAAUGCAGGAAAGACUACAAUUCUCUACCAGUUUUUGACUAAAGAAGCUGUCCAUACCUCUCCUACUAUUGGCAGUAACGUGGAGGAAAUUUCUGUCAAGAAAACACGCUUCCUUGUUUGGGACAUUGGGGGACAGGAGACUCUUCGAGCCAGCUGGAACACAUAUUUCUGCAAUACAGAGAUUGUGAUUCUGGUAGUAGAUAGCACAGAUCGGGAGCGUUUGACUCUUACAAAAGAGGAACUACAUAGAAUGCUUGCGCAUGAGGAUCUGCAGAAUGCUUCAGUGCUGGUGUUAGCCAAUAAGCAGGACAUGAAGAACAGCAUGACAGCAGCAGAGAUUUCCCAGAGUCUUACUCUCAGUUCUCUCACAGCUCACUCCUGGCAUGUCCAGGCCUGCUGUGCCUUAACUGGAGAGGGUUUACCAGCUAGUCUGGACUGGAUGCGUUCCCGGGUUGUAGCAAAUUAGGCUGGAAGAAGUUCAUAGUAACUCUGCAGAGCCAGAGUUUCUGUCCCAAAUGUGCCUACAGUGUCAGCAAACUCUGAGUUGAUGUUGCGGCUUUUUCGGAGCCCUAUUCAAACUACCUGGACGUACCAUGGCAUACAACUUCAACUACAGGUGGAUUGAACCCUGGACAUGCAAUAUAUGUCCUUAUACUGACAUGUACAUGUGUGCAAGUUAUGUCUUCAUUUUAGAGGUCACAUUGUUAACAUUACAAACAGAUUGUGUUGUCCAGUGUGGGAGAAUUUGCACUGAUUUUCUGAAAUCCGAAAGAACUGUGAAUUUUGGCCUGUGGCACAACUAUACUACUUGAGAGUACGGACCACUACCCAAGCACAGCCCAAUAGUAUUUGGUGAUAAAUUCUUAUGGAUGUUGGUGCUCAGUUUUUAUGCUUCAAGCAUUACUUCAGAUAUUUAUUAGGAUGUUAUUUGUGUUUGAUGGACCUAAUUCCAGUAAACAGGUAUUGACAUUUUGAAAUUGAAAGCUGCUUAAUCAUACUAUAUUUUCUGGUUGUUUUUGUACAAAUAAAAUAUUGUGAAAUAAA